CCGUUUACAAGUUCAAGAACGGUGUCGACCAGCACAAACCUGUGGCACACUUUAUUUGCUGUUCGACGACGUUCGCGUCGACAUCCAACUUCUACCGCACGAGACGAGCCGAAACACAAAAAAACGACUACAGAAACUCGUUCAAUACAUUUUGAGCGAGAAAAAUUUAAAAAGUUGUAUUAAAAUGUUAUAAAAAUUUGAAGAAAACUUAAAAUAAAGUGAUUUAUUUUGAAUAAUUUUGAGUGAUUUGUUCGAAAUUGUUAAAAAAGGACCUUAACUUAAACUUUGUAAUUAAAAAAUGACCACCAAAUACUUAAUUACGAUAGCGACGAUAUUAAUAAGCACACUUACACAAACAUUAGGCAAAUUACCAACAAAAUGUCAAGGUGGAAAUGGGUUAAAAUAUCUUUGGGGGGAUGCGUUAUCAGAUUCUUCGGAUUGUUUGGGACCUAAUAAUCUACCAUAUCCUUCAUCAGCGAUUAAUCGGUCGUUUAAAAGUUCAAACGUUUGGACAGGAAGCUCACGUGUAGGAAGGUUUGCAUCGCACGUAAUGGAUCCGGAAGUAACCAGGAAAGCUCUUCUAGCGGCGCAUCAAAGAACAUUCGAUGAUAGCUCGUCGAUGACGAGAUCAGGUAGAGAGUUGAAUUUCACGCCGGCGACGACGUGCACGUCCACUCCCUCGAGACUAUGCAAAACCCGUUACAACACGACCGCACCAAUGUAUGGCGUGUCUUUGACUUCCGGUCAACCCGUUACUAUAGUUCAAAAAUUUCCUGAUCUACUUCAACAAGUUGUAUUUGAGGUUUGUGAAAGUUCAGAAUGUGACGUAGUCAGAGGAGAAUGCACCCAAACCUACGUUCCGUACUUAUUUUUGGUGAUCCCAUUGGGUCCGGUCACUUUAACUGGUCAAGAUUACGUUUUGGUGGAAAGCGGUUGCGUGUGUAGGCCGAAAUACGCUCAACAAACAACACAGGAAGCAAACGCGAUGUCUUCUAUACCUAGGUUAUGAAAAAUAAGAAAUGUAACAACAAAAAUUGGAUGAAAAUGAUCAUAAAGAUGAAUGAAAGGUUGAUGAUCCAAAGUGCUCAUAUAUCUGUUAGACUUUUUUUCUUUAAAACUAUUUGUGUGUAAGAUAUUUAUAUAAAAAGAAAAAGUACGUUUAAGACUUUAUUUAUGUAGAAUGUAUGUGUAAUUAAAUUAUUUAAUAAAUUUUAUACGGAUA